AGCUUCCUUUCCGCUCGCACUUCUUCGGAGCAGAGGAGGCGGCGGCGAGCGGCAUGCCGGGCGGGCUGGCGCUCCGGGCAUGGGGACCCCACAGGCACUGUGGCCACUCGUCUGGGCGGUGCUGCAGCUGGGCUGGCGGCCAGGAUGGCUCCUAGACUCCCCCAGCAGACCCUGGAGCCCCCUCACCUUCUCCCCAGCCCGGCUCACCGUGCCCGAGGGGGCAAACGCCACCUUCACCUGCAGCUUUUCCAGCAAACCUGAGCACUUCCUCCUCAACUGGUAUCGCAUGAGCCCCAGCAACCAGACGGACAAGCUGGCCGCCUUCCCCGAGGACCGCAGCCAGCCUGCCCGGGACAGACGCUUCCGCGUCACGCCACUGCCCAACGGGCGAGACUUCCACAUGAGUGUGAUCGCUGCCCAGCGCAACGACAGCGGUGUCUACUUCUGCGGGGCCAUCUACCUGCCCCCCAAGACGCAGAUCAACGAGAGCCACCCAGCAGAGCUCACAGUGACAGAGAGAGUCCUGGAGCUGAGUCCCACAGAGCGCCCCAGCUCCCCACCCAGGACUGAAGGCCAGUUACAGGGCCUGGUCAUUGGCAUCACAAGUGUCCUGCUGGGGGUCCUGCUGCUGCUGCUGCUGAUCUGGGUCCUGGCUGCCGUCUUCCUCGGGGCCACUCGAGGGGCCUGCACCCGCAGGAGCGAAGACAGCGAGCCUCGGAAGGAGGGCUCCACUGCCGCCCCGGUGUUCACCGUGGACUACGGGGAGCUGGACUUCCAGUGGCGAGAGAAGACCCCGGAGCCCUCUGCCCCCUGUGUACCUGAACAGACCGAGUACGCCACCAUCGUCUUCCCGGGCAGGCCAGGCUCCCCAGGUCGCAGGGCAUCAGCCGACAGCCUGCAGGGGCCCCGGUCUCUGAGGACAGAGGACGGACACUGCUCUUGGCCCCUCUGACCGGCUUCCUCCGCUGACCUGAGUCCUUUAGACCUUCCGCCAAGAGCCGGGGAUCAGCGCCUUCCCUGGAGGAAGGUGCAGUGGAGGGAGGAGCAGUUCGGGCGGCUCAGGGGCUGAGCUCUGUCCCAGGGUGACCAGCCCCUGCACCUGCCAGCCCCGCCUAGCUCUCAUUUUAAUGCUUGCAGUGACCUGGGGGCAGGAGGUGUCACUGUCCCUAUGGGCAAGGGGAGAGCCUCACCCAGGACUCCAGGCCCAGGCUGGGGCUGAGCUGGCUGAACCCCUCCCCUACACAUGGCCUCCCUCUGGGCGUGGGGGCUGGUGGGUGGGGGUCAGGCUUCAAGAGUCACCAGGCGCCCACUGCCUCCCAGGGGCGCCUGAUGCCUGGACUUGGGGCUCCAGGUCCUGGUUGGAGACUCUGCCUUGGAGCAGGCCAGAGGACUCCGCACACACCUCGAGGGGCACACAGGGAAAUGCACCAGGUUGGGGCCUGGUGCUCCCGUAGGCCUGGAGGAAAGCUGAUGGGGCCCGGAUCUGCCUGCUUCCCCUCCACCCUCCACGUGCCCAGGUCUGUCAGGCAGUGAGGGAGUGGCAGAGCUGGAGUCACCCCACCAAGGCCGUCCUGGGGGCCCUGGCGUCACCCUAUUUACCCGCACUUCUGGGCAUCCAUCCAUGGUGCUACUUAAAGGGUCCUCGAGUGGGCUCCUUCUGGGGUGCUGGGGAGGAUGCAGGAGUCCCCUCCAUAAGACACCCUCCAGCCAAGCCCACCACUCCCCGUGGCCUUUACGCCACACAUCAUCCGGCACAGCAUGACUGGGGUCAGCUGGCUGUGGGGGACCUGGGGGCACGUGCCCCACUGAGGGGUCCACCCACACUUCCCUGUUCUGUUCUGUUGGAAUUAAAGAAUGAGAAAGCUCUAAGAAA